AUGUCGUCAUCAACAACAGCUACAAGAGUCACUGCCAAGCGAGGCGGCAGCAGCGACGCUGGAGCCGUCCAGCAGUCUACCAUUUACAAGGUCAUAAUGACACCCAUCAUCCUCGUCUCCUUUCUGCUCUCCCUGGCAUGGGUAGACCUCACAUACACCAUCAGGAGGUCAAGAAAUCACGGCCGGCAAGGCUGGAUGCCUUCCUGGCUCCACAGCAUCCUCUACCGGAAAUCGCAGUAUCGUUACGCAGAGGCCAAGGACCAAAAGACACCAACAACCACACCGAGUCCCAAGGACGAGCGGGAGGAGUUUUACUAUCACAGCAAACAGAAGAAACUUCUGCGCAUGGAAGUCGACGAUGCGUUUCAGCUACGAGGCCACGUUCUUGUGGUGAUGACGCUCGUGUUGCUCACGGCGUCGCUGGCCUUUGCUUGGGGUGGCUGGAUGUUUUCCGGUUGGGUUUGGAGGAGCUACGGCGAGAGAGCCUUCGAUAUCUGA